UUACAUCAUGGAAUUUACUGAAAGAUUUAAAGUACACUUUAUAAUAUAUUAUAAGUAAUCUCUAAUUGGUAAAUAGAUGAUUCCUUAUUAUAAAAAGUAUUUCUUAAAUCUACGAUCGAUUGAAAGGCAAUAUGAGAAAGGUGCCGAGUAAACGUAUAAGUCUCACAAAAUUACCACGCUCGCGGCUGCCGCAAAAACCAUAUGGAUUCUGUUGCGAGGAAAAGGAUCAGGAUCCUGAGAAACGCUAUGAUAUGCGAAACCCGCCGUUUGCGUCAUCCUUGAUGAACGUCGUUCUGGGCAGCGGCGGACCCGGAGUGAAAUUUCGCGUACAGGACAUUGGUCCGCCGCCGUAUCCUAUUCAACGCAGAAUUCUUGAGGCUAAAGGUAGAGCUUAUCUGGGACGAUGCAAACGAUGCCGCAGUCCCCUACGAUGGUUCCUAGAGGACGAAAUCGCGCUCGCGCGCGAAUUCCUCGCCAAGGAGAAACGUGACAAUUACAAUGCAACUGUCAAAAGGAAUUUAAUGAUCGCUAAACGAAAGGCCAGAGCACGCAGUCGUAAAAAAAGGAAUUUGAAGAUUGACUUCUGAAGUAACCAGAAUAAUUCGAGAAAUAAUUCAUGUACUCUUCGAAGAAAAAUCCACUAUAUACAGCGCUGUAACAAAAUAUUUUGUUA